UGGAAGGCGGGAUUUGGGUCGGGUUUCCGAGAGGUAGCCCUGGCUGGAGGGAGACGGCCCUGGUGGGACUGGAGCCCUAAAUUUGGCCAGUCCGCGUAGAUGUGGAAGAUGUCCACCAUGGAGGCUGUCCUGGACCCAGGUGACAAAGACCUGCUGGAUUUCCUGAAGGAGGAAGGGGGAGAUUUGUGGGGAAUACCAGAGGAGGGGCAAGAGGUCCAGCAGGAUGAUGGGAUGCUGCCUCCUGAGGUGCUGAAUGGGUGGGAAGCAGAAGAAUUCCUGAUAUCUCUGCUGGGACCCCCCACCUCACCAUCCCUCCCAAGUCCCUCUAGUUACAGCUUCAUUCACACUGAUCACACCUACUCCAUGAGCUGGAAUGUACAGGCUUCCUCCCAAGAUGACGCCUACAUUGACCUGGAUGAUAGGGGUCUCAGAGAUGUGGCUCAAGAAUCAAAGGUCUCCUUGCAGAUGGAAGAAAUGACACUUAAGCAUGAGUUUCCUCAGUUGAUGUUGACAGAUGAGGAGAAAAGGCUGCUAGAGAAAGAAGGGUUGACCCUUCCUGAGACUCUCCCUCUUACUAAGGCAGAGGAGCGAGCCUUGAAACAAGUUCGGAGGAAGAUUCGCAACAAACAGUCAGCUCAAGAAAGUAGAAGGAAGAAGAAAGUAUAUGUGGGAGGACUAGAAAGUAGGGUCUUGGCUUGCACAGCCCAGAACCUGGAGUUACAGAAGAAAGUCCAAUUCUUGGAGAAGCAGAAUUUGUCCCUUUUGGAUCAGCUAAAGAAGUUCCAGGCUUUAGUGGCUGAGAUGACAACCAAACCCACUAGCAAAAGCACCUGCAUUGUGGUCCUGCUCUUUUCCUUCUGCCUCUUCCUCUUUCCUGCCAUGUAUCCCUCUGAGAUCUGGGGCCGCCAACCAGCACCAACCAUGCUGUCCCGUCAGAUCCGGUCCCUUCCCAGUGAUAAUCACUCUCUUCUUCUGGAGUCUCCUGCUUGGCUGACAGAGGAGAAAUCGGAGGUCACCUUAAAUCCAUCAGCAGAUGUAACCUCUCUAGCCCGAGACAAUUCUUCCUCUGAUCCUCUUGCUAGAACAAGUGAUGAACAGAUUCUGAAGUCAACAGACCCAACACAUUCUACUGUUCUGUCUUCAGAGGCCACAGAGAAGCAGGGCUGGGCCCCUACUACACCCACUAUCAUUCUUCGAGGACGGCACUCCAAUGAGAUGUGAUAUAGGGGCAGGAGUUAAGAUGCCAGACAGACUGAGUUGGGGGUAGAAAAUGCCCAGAGUAUCAGGGAAACACGGAACUGACAAAGGUUGAAUGACUUGGUAAUACUAUACCUUGGGGGUCCCAGGUUGUAGAUAGGAAUAAAGAUGAUGUAUCUGAGGCUGGCCCUCCCAGACCUGAGAAUUCAUAUUACACUCU